AUGCCAGGCAAAGAGGGAAAAUUCGUCCUGGGCUCCAACCGGGGCCCUUUACUAACCAGCAAUGCUGAGAACCAAUUUUCUGCAUCCGAAUUGGAGAAAAUUGAGUCUGCCGGUGGCCUUUCGUUACAUAAAGUACCGACGCGCAAAGAGAAGCUCCAGCGACACUGGAAGCGAUUCUGGCUCUUCUAUUGCAUCGGCAAUGUCAUUUUCCUAGCAAUCUUUCUACCCAUUCUCUUUCUUGUCUGCAUCCCGGCUAUCGCACAGAUGGUCGUUAACAAAGCGGAUCUUCGAAUUGUCAAUGCGGAUGUCAUGCAGCCAAAUCCAGACUCCGUCAUGUUGACUCUACAAUCAAAGGUGGAUCUGAAGCUUGCACUUCCUGCUCGGAUCGAACCUCUUGACUUCCAUCUAUUUAUUCGCCAGGACGGAUUUGGACCCAACUAUCCGUACGCAGAUCUCCCGAUUCCCGGGCAGACUAUCAGAGGCAACUAUACUCUCGGCGUCAAGGAUAAUUUCACCCCGCUGCUGAACCAGACAACCUGGAAGGAAUUUGUUAGGGAGAUCGUGUUCCAAAAGGAAACAACACUUUCCCUCAAAGGCGUCACAAAUGCGUACCUCGGAGUCCUAAAGUCUCAUGUCACUUUGAACAAAGAUGUGACUGUAGCUGCUUUGAAUCAGUUCUCAGGACUCUCGAUUUCCGAUGCUACUCUCCUACUCCCAGCCAAAUCCGACGGUACGAACCUCAUUGGCAACAUUACACUCCCUAAUCCGACAGUGUUCACUCUCCAAGUCGGCACACUUAAUCUGGAUCUUCUGAGUGGCGAUCUCCCGAUUGGCAAUGUCACUAUAACCGACGUGACGUUGAAGCCCGGUGACAAUACCUACCCAUUGAAUGGAGUCCUCGACCUCAAGAAAGUGAUCGAGAACCUGGGUGAAGUUUUAAAAUCACAGGCGUCGCUUCUCAAGACCGGCAACUUGACUUUAAUCGCGAAGACGACCUCCAUUCAUUGGAACAACACCUAUGUGCCCUAUUAUUCAGACGUGCUCCGUACCCUCUCACUCACGACAGCUGUCGGUGUCGGCGACAUUGUUAAGAAUACCUUGAAGAGCUUCCUGAACGGCAAGAAUCUUACAGGGUUGCUAAGCAGCAUAAGCACGCGGUCGCUGGAUGGAAGAGAUUUAAACGGGCCCGUUGAGAUAGCCACCCUUAUGAAACACGACAAGAGUAUCCAGGAUGCUUUCGAAGAUAUUAGCACAGAGAGGCGCGAUAACAUUAUUGACUCUUUAAUGGCGAUGUAUCCAACUCUCUGA